AGCAUUUCUCCUCGAUUUUGCAGAGGCAGCCACCAUGGUGCAGCUGAUCAUUUCUGGGGCAGGGGCUGGAGGCCUGGACGAGUGGGUGCUGAUGGAGCUGCAGGGCGAGCUGGAAGCCCGCAGCGGGGCCGGGCUCUCCGGGAAGCUCCUGGGAGACCUUCAUUACACCAAGGAGGGGGUCCCAGUUCUCAUUGUGGGCCAUCACAUCCUCUACGGGAAGGUGGUCCACCUGGAGAAACCCUUUGCCGUCGUGACCCGGGCGGCCCCCGGCGACUCCUCCGGUUCUGGGGGCUACUUGGCGACAGCCCUCAUCAAGAAGAAGCUGCUCUUCAAAACCCGCCCAAAGCCCAUCAUCACCAACGUGGCCAAGAAAGCGUGAAGGAAAGGCCGCCCCCUCGGCUCCAGCCACGGAGCGGCCCCUCGGCCUUUUGCUGGACGUGUGUGUGUUGGUUUUCCAUUUCCCCCCAGAAGACCCUGGACUGCGUAACCAAAAUCGACAGACUGGACCCUCGGCAAGGUGGUCGCCUCCGGGUGCCUUUGUUUUUUUGGGGGGGGGCUUGUCUGCGCUCGAAUGGUGUUUAUAGGCUUUACAAGCUGGGCUUGUGAGCCACUGGGCGAAGAAGCCAGCCCUUCUGUGCAAGAAGCCCAGAUCACCAGUGCGUUUCGUCACAAGGGCUGUCGGGAUGGGGGAGGGAGCCGAGCCUCAUUCCUAGGUUACUGAGAUCUGCUUGGGGUGAUUCGCCUGCACCCAAUUCCAGCAUCACCGGAGGAGACCAGGGAGAGCAAAAUACAGGGCUUGGGGACUCCUGAAUUUCUCUCUGUGAAAGCAGGUGGGGCUCUUCUCUAGGCUCCCCUCUUGAGAGCCCGGGGACCCACUCUGGCUCCUCUCCCACCGGUCUUCCUAGUUCGCCUCCGCUUUCACCCGGGCCCGGACUGGCCCACCGCAUUGUGCCAAAGCUAGCAAAAUGUGUAGUAGAUGCAGGGUGGUGGCGAAGAGCUUUCAGACCAUUAAGGAUGGCUGUUCCUGAACUGCCUUUCUCUUGGGGUUUUUUUUUUCCUCCCAACCCAAGUUGGGAGGCUCUGCUGGCACUCUCCGCAGGUGCUGUGCAAAAACGAGAUCCACACACCUUCUCCAUCCCAGCCUUACAAAACGGUCUUCCAUGGCCUUAAAAGGGGUGUGUGUGAGUGAGAGGGAAAUGAGGAUGCUCUCAUUACAUUCCUCGCCAUUUUGUUUACAAUUUUUUUUUUUAUUGUAACAAAUGUUAAAAAAGAAAAGAAAAGAACCCAGACCUUCAGGUUUGUUUGUUUUUUAAAUGUGGAAAGGCGGAUAAAAAUAAAUAAGAUUACAAAUAACUUCAAGCCAUCAACUAGGGUUCUUACCAAAGAGUACCAAAAAGUCUACAAAUUUUGUUUUAAAUAAGAGGAACCCAAAUGCAUCAAGGUAGAAAAAAGGAGGCAGCCUGGAGUGAGGGAAGGGUGGGGAGCAGAGGCUGCCAGACCCACCAUUAAAUCUCGAAUGCCUGGGACCAGCACAGGCGGAAGAGGACAGCAGGAUGUCGGGUGGGGUAGAAAGCAGCAUUUUCAGACAUUCAUAGGGAGAAAGGAGGGUUGGGAGCCCAGGCUCCACCUAACACUUUCAAGGAUAUUGUGUGCUAAAGCACCCUCCCCCUCUGACCAAUUUUGUCCAUGAAGCGGUGCGAUUUGGCAACCCUUUGUAGG